UUUCGGAAAUAUUUUCAACGAUAGGCGGUGAGUGUUCAAAACUUUCUUUGCCGUUUCCUUCGUUCGUGCAGUCGUUACUUCGCUGUGUUCUCGCUGGAUUGUACUCGUUGCGAGUCUCCAAAAAAAAAAAGUUUUGUUUGUUGAAGAUGAUCAAAAAUGUGGUGAUGCGUGCUGCUGCCGUCUCAAUGACGGUCUACCUCACCAAUUACGUUGGUGUUUGGGGCACUCCGGAGGACUCCCAACGCCUGGUCAAGUCGAUUGGUGUGCCUGUCGACGCCAUGGUCAAGUGGUUGGCCCCAACGGACUGGCAGGAGAAGAAUGUCUACAAUGAUGGCGUCAAGAAGAGUUUUGCGCUCAUUUCUCAACUGCCCGAAUACAUAUCGCGGGCCAAUCGACAGCUGGCCUAUAGCUUCUGUGACUUGUCGCAUCCGGAAGUGUGGAUGUGUCUGGCAAUGCAAGAUCUGAACCCCUUUGCCAAAAGAGCCCUUGAUUCUGAAGCUUCAAUCGAAGAGACUGAUGAGAAGCCAGGGCCGGCAGCGGGCGUCGAGGUGGACGAUCUCAAUGCCGAGAUCGACAACCCAAACUUCAAUGACCUGUCUUACCUAAAUAUGUGGGAGUAUUGGAAGCAGCAAUUACACGCUUCCGUUCAAAAAACCAAGUAAUGACUACGAUUUCCCACGAACCAAUUCAAAUAAUACUCGAAAUUUUCAAUGAAAUUUUAAAUUCUGAAAAAAAAUCACAUUAUAAUUCGAUAUAGGUACUAUUAAACUCUUUCGAACAGC